AUGGAGCCGGCCGGUAGCGACAACAACGACAGAUCUGGUGUAAAACGUGAAAAAAUGGCAGAAUCAUAUAAUGGUCAGGAGAAUGUCACCUACGAAAUGCAACCAAAACAAGCCACGGUGCGUUAUUGUUGUGACGAUUGUGAUUUAACGUUUGACGGCUUAGAAUACUUGAUUUUACAUAAAAAGUUUCAUGGGAAUGAAAAAGAUACUCCACAAAUGGUACCAGAACCUACAAUGGUUGUAAGAGAAGGUCCUAAAAAGAGGAGGAAGUUCAAAUGUGAUCAAUGUGAUGUUAAAGUAAAUUCUCAGUACCAUUUGGAUAUACAUCAUAGUAAGCACGAAGGAAAUGCAGCUAAAAAGUAUAUAUGUCAGGUAUGUGAUCGAAGCUUUGUAGCCGCCCAAUUUCUUAAAAGUCACAUGCAGUCUCAUUCAACAACAAGCACUAUUAAUUGUGAAAUUUGCAAUAAAAACUUCACAGGGCAAGCUUAUUUAAAGCUCCAUAUGCAACUCCACAAUGAUAUAAAAAAGUUUAAGUGCUCUAAAUGUGAUGAGAUGUUCCCUACUAAAAACUGCUUAAAGAUUCAUAUGAAAAAACACUCUAAAGUGAAGAAUUUCAAAUGCGAUUGCUGUCAGAAACUCUUUGUAUCAAAGAUUACUAUGGAAAAGCAUCGCCAGAGCCAUGAAGGGCAGCCUAUGGACUGUCUAGUAAAAUGCAAUCAAUGUGACCGAACAAUGCAUUCAACUUUGCUUCGGACACAUAUAGCCAGAGCACAUCCAUCAACAAUUGAUGAUGAUGUCAAGCGACCACAUAAAUGUACAACUUGUGGUAAGAGUUUUAUUGUUAAGAUUAACUUGAACCUACAUAUUCGUGUCUGCCACCCUGAUCUAGCAGACCCUGAAGAUGAAGAUGAUGAUGUAAUGACGGAUAAUUCUUAG